AGGCAAGGAUGAGCUCUAUGACGAAAUUCAACGAUUGAUUGAUUGCCCUGUAACGAUGGCCGAUCAAAUUUCAAAGCCUAUCUCUGACAUUGCUUGGCUGCCUUAGGCAUAUCUAAACUACUAUCAUGUCAUAGAUAACUCAAUCACCAAAUAAAAGACGAGACAAAUCCUUGUGUAAAGGUCAGUGUCCCAAAGUGGUCCCUUAGAGCCCAAGGCCUUACCCGUCCCUCAUCAUGGCCCCAGAACCGACACCAGACACUCCAGCUUCCAUUAAGAAAUCUCACCGAACUGCUGUCAUCAAUGAUGACACAUACUUGGAAGAUGAGAAGAUCGACAUUCCGGAGGAAGCCAUCUUGGACGAUUCCAUCUUCAGUUUCCGGACUCUUUGGUUGUUCACCGGUCCCGGAUGGCUCAUGUCCAUCGCUUACUUGGAUCCGGGCAAUAUUGAGUCGGACCUUCAAUCUGGGGCCAAGGGACAGUAUCGGCUUCUCUGGGUUCUCAUGUGGGCCACGAUCUUGGGUAUGGUGAUGCAGAGACUCUCGGCUCGUUUGGGCGUGGUCACGGGUAAGCACUUGGCUCAAGUCUGUUAUGAGCAGUAUCCAGGUGUUCCUCGAGUGAUUCUGUGGAUCAUGGUAGAGAUUGCCAUCAUCGGAUCAGACAUGCAAGAGGUCAUAGGAACUGCCAUCGCCAUUUAUCUCUUGUCUCAAAAGUACAUUCCUCUUUGGGGCGGCACCCUGAUCACAAUCGUGGACACCUUCACCUUCUUAUUCCUUGACAAAUACGGCCUUAGGAAAUUGGAAUUCUUCUUUGCCUUUCUGAUUGGUGUCAUGGCUAUUAGCUUUGGCUACAACUACUUCGUCGAUAUCCCCGACCAAGUAGGCGUAAUGGAGGGUCUCUUUGUUCCUUGGUCCCAUGAUUAUAGCAAUGAGGUCCUAUCUCAAGCCGUAGCCGCAGUGGGGGCCAUCAUUAUGCCGCACAAUUUGUACCUCCAUUCAGCUUUGGUCAAAACUCGCAAGGUCAAUCGUGAGGACAAACGAGCCGUCACUCAGGCCAACAAGUACUACGUGAUCGAAGGCUGCGUGGCCUUGUUCAUCAGCUUCAUUCUGAACUUGUUCGUGGUGAGCGUGUUUGCCAAUGGUCUGUUUGAAACCACGUACGCCACGGCCUACAACAGCUGCGCCGCUCAAGACUCCAUUUUCUUGGAUGUGUUUGACGUUGGCCCAGAGCAAGCCAACGACUUCAUUGAUGCUGAUCUUUACAAGGGUGGCGUUUUCCUGGGUUGCACGUUUGGCGUGGCUUGUACUUACAUUUGGGCCGUUGGCAUUUUGGCAUCUGGCCAGUCUUCAACCAUGACAGGCACGUAUUCGGGCCAAUUUGCUAUGGAAGGUUUCUUAAACCUCAAAUGGAAACGUUGGCAACGAGUCUUGCUCACCCGAACCAUUGCCAUCAUUCCGACCUUCAGUGUGGCCUAUUUCUUGGAUAUCAACAACCUGACUGGGCUGAAUGAUGUCUUAAAUGCACUCAUGAGCAUCCAAUUACCAUUUGCAGUCAUUCCUACCCUAACUUUCACAUCAUCAAGAUUGGUAAUGGGUGAUUUUGCCAAUGGACUUGUGAUGAAAAUAUUCGUCACACUCCUAGCCAUCAUUAUCAUCGCCAUUAACAUAUUCUUCGUGGUUGACUUUGUGACCACCACAUUGCCAGCUACCUGGUGGGUCUAUACCCUGGUCGGAAUUUUUGCAGUCCUUUAUUUCUUAUUCAUCGCCUACCUCACGAUUGCAUUGUUGGUUCAUAUGGGAAUUGAACAAUUGUUGAGAUUUGACUGGGUACGGAAAUAUUACUGGUUCGAGCCGAUUGCUGAGGCCCAGCAAAAAGAAAAACCCCCAAUGUUGGAGUGAUCCACUUCGAUUUUGGAGCAAAAGGCCAAUUUGCUAACAAAGAGGAGAAAAUACCUGAAUCUCGGGACGAAAUGUCCCAGAACAUAUUUCUCUUGAAACUUGUUGUCAGAAGCCAAUACUUGCUUAUACGUACAUGCAUAUCAAAUUUUGAAUUUGCUAGUCAAGAAACAUCUAUCUAACCAUAUUUAUUCAAUAAAAGUGAUAAAUUUAGUCAUUAAAAAUGACAGAUUUAUCCUAACUACUAGUGAUCAUCAUUUUUUAAUGGUUUAUAAAACAUUGUGCCAUCAUUUCUUUGGUAAGCCCGCUUAACGGCCGGAGUAAGACCCAGAUCCUCCG